UCAAAAGCAUAGUGAGGAGUCCAGUGUAAAGACAUUGCUGGAAGCUUACUUGUGAUAGCCUUCGUUUAGUGUGUUUUCGGUGCUGCAGAAGCUUUUUAGAGCGCUAUUCUUAUGAUUUACACACAGAGCAGGAGGCGUCUCUUUACAUUUAGUUGUAUUAUCUGUGUUGAGAGGACGAUGCCUUUGAGGACCGGACUUUUUCUCCUGAUGGUGCUGAACGCAUCUGCAUAUGAACUGGAUCAAAACGAGUCUUAUUCGCCCAGGAGAGCACGCUUUUCCUCCAAUAGCCCUUCAGAUGUGGCACGCUGUCUCAACAGUGCCCUCCAAGUUGGCUGCGGAGCCUUCGCCUGCCUGGAAAACUCAACUUGUGACACAGAUGGCAUGCAUGACAUCUGCAAGUCCUUCCUAUACAGUGCUGCUAAAUUUGACACUCAGGGUAAAGCAUUUGUGAAGGAGAGCCUUAAGUGCAUUGCCAAUGGCAUCACAUCGAAGGCAUUCCCCACCAUCCGCCGCUGCUCCACCUUCCAAAGAAUGAUCUCCGAAGUCCAGGAGGAGUGCUACAGCAAGCUGGAUAUCUGCACUGUUGCCCGAUCGAAUCCAGACGCUAUUGGAGAAGUGGCACAGCUACCAAGUCACUUCCCCAAUAGGUUUUAUGGUAAGCUGCUACAGAGCCUGAUGGACUGUGAUGAGGACACAGUGGAGCGCGUUAGGACCAGCAUGGUGUCGCGGCUGGGCCCAGAGAUGACCAUGCUUAUUCAGCUGCUGCAGAACAAGCCCUGCCCAUCCACUGCUGUGGCUGCAGCUGCCGCCAUCCCCACUGGAGUGGAGAGCCGUGGGAGCUGGCGCUGGUCCAUGGGUCCCCACAUGUACAAGAUCCAGCCUAAUCUGCGAAACAGAGACUCUGCCAGUCAUUUUGGCAAAAAACGCUCUGCCAGUGACAACUCCUAACUCAGAUUCAGAAAUUCCACACACUCCUCAAAAACUUAAUGAAAGCUCCUCUAUUCCCUAGGGGUGUUAGAGUCCAUUCCUCCGCUUAGACUGGAAGUUACAGAAACGUGCACCUCUAGGGAAUGCCGGAGCGCCCAUAGAGUUGAUAUCAGAGUUUGAUUGUUGUUAUAUUGUAUAUCCUACACUUUAGGCUUGAGAGAAAUCCCCCUUCCAUCGAGUCCGCUCACAGUUUAGUGUUGAACAUGUGGCUGUUGCAUCUGUGCGACAUGGUCCUCUUCACCUCCUCCACAGAGAUGAAACCCUUAACAAGUAUUUUGAUGCAAAGAAAAAAAGAUAAAAAAAGAACAGCCAUAGUGGUCCACACCUCUAGUGCACAAGUCCAUAUUUUAAAAAGACAAAAAUCGCAUUAUCCCGACAUUUAUUCAUGAAUAGAGAUCUGUAGUUGGAUUAUUAGUAGUUCAUUUAUAGGAAUGGGGAGUUAUUGGUAGAUGUAUCUAAAUAUUUCAGCAGUGAGGCCAGUCAAAUUGUGAGCAUGAGAUGUGGAAAUGAGUUUAAUAUCUAUUUUCUGACUAACAUAACAGUCAAAAUGUACUGUAAGUUAUCUGAGACAGCCAUAGCUAGCCCUCUAAAAGAGCUCAUACGGAGUGAGGUUUGUAGAGGUUUUAAUGAUAACCUUAAACUGACCAAAAAACGUAUAACUGCCCUGAAUGCUAUUCAUGAAAAACCAAAAUAGUAUCUUAUAGUUUUUUUCUGAUAGCGGAUGCAGCCAUGUGUUUCAAAUCAUCAUCCUACACAUGUCCAGGUCGUGGCCAAGUCUAACUGUCAGAAAAAAAUCCAUUGUGUAUAUCUAGUAUCCACUUGUAAUGCAUAUGACUGUUGAGAUAUAUAUGGGACCAUGUUUAGAGGAAUCUGUAUCCAUGAUCCAUGCCUUCACCGAUGAGAGAGCAGCCAUCUUCUUAGACUGAUGAUUCUCUGAGGUGAAUACCCUGACAUACACACUGACUUCCAGUGUCAAGAUUAAGAGUGUAUAUUUAAAACAAAAAAAAAGCCUUGUUGGAUGAUAUUUAUUUUCCUACUAUAUUAUUUAAUUGCAUUAUUUUAGUUUUACUUAGUUUACAGAUUUAAAACUAAAAAGCAGUUCAGUCAUGGCUCCUAUUUGAACAUGAGCUCUAUGCCAAAAAGAGAAGUGAGCUGACACUCUGGUGACUGAAUGGGACCCAUGUCAUGACUCUGUGCUGGCCAUAGGGGAACAAUGUUGGUCAUUCAAGUCAGGGGAUCUACUUAAUGGGUGUUAUAAGGGACCACAACAAAACCAUAGCUUCAUUUUGACACAUUUUCUGGUUGAAAAAAAAAAAGGCCGCCAUUGCAGCUGCUAUUGAGGAGUAACCAGGUAGAAUCACAGUAAAACAAACACCAGCAUCAAGUCUUUUGAUUGUUACGCCCAAGUUUGCGGUGCUUCUCUUCGCAUUUCUUUCCUGUUAUUAUUUAUUUUUGUAUUUAAUUGUUUUAAUGUGUAUGUUCUGUUAUUAUAGAGUAGAGACAGAUAUGGGAAAGAUGCAAGAGAAAUAGUCGCAUGCAUGAUAGGAAUACAUACUGUGGUGUCUGUAUCUACUUUGGCUCUUGGUCAAGAAGCUUUUAAAGCCCCUGGACCCUUGGUUUUCAACAACACAACGUAAAAUAUGAAGUAGGCGAAGCUAACAUUAAAAAAAAAUUCCUAAAUCCACUUUUGCAGCACAGAUUAUCACAUGUUUGUGGUUAUCGGUUCAAAUCACAGAAACAAGAAGCUUAUGUUAGUGGUAGACUCUAUCCAAUUGGCAAGUCUCAUACAAAAACAUCACAUGAAAGCUGGACAUUUUCUCAGAUAAAACUGCAUGGCAUUCAGAGACUGAGACAAUCCUUCCGAAUCAGUAGAUCAGAUCAGAGCCACAGUCACUUUAUGCUGGUGUUUGUUUUAUCUGUACCUGGUAGAAAGAUGGGGGUUUUGAGCCACAAUGUCAUUAAAACGUUCAAUGGUUAAUGUUAGUUUUUGCUUGGCAGCAAAUUGCAAAUGUUCGUGCACAUUGAAAAUGCAAUGUAGAGAUUUAUGUGAAAACCAGGGCUGGGUUUAGUUCACUCUGAAAACACCCAUUCUUCAAAGUUUAAAACCUUGAAAAUAGUUGUAUAACAAAAUGAUGUAAUAAAGAUUUUAUUUCAGAAACUUAUUCCUACAUUGUCCUUGACAAUAAGAGUGCAGCGCAGACCAGAAACAGAGAUGUCAGUGUCAAAGUAAAAGCUAUGUUAAGAACUCCAAACUAUGCAAUAAUCUCACAUACAAAGGAUUCACAGCAACACAGAAAUGGACCUUUAUUUCAUUCAGUGCAAGCUCAUGCUGUCUGAAUAAAGCAUCAGUGUGUGUGCGUUCAUGUCACUCACUCACAGUGUGAAGGCAGUGCUCCUCUAUAUUACUUUCCGUUUCUUUUUUUGUUCCGUGAAUAUGAGCAUUUAUUUUGUGUCAUUUGGUGCAAAAGGAGCGCAGUUCUGAAGGAAUCACUUGGGAGGUUAAGAGCUAUCGUCACACUGUUGUAUAUCCUAGCUUAAUAUUGUAUGUUAAAUAUGCACUUUGCAUCUUAACCACUAUAAAGGGCAUUGAAACAUUCAGCACAUGUGCCAUUGAGACAUGUUUUAUUUUCCCAGUGUAUGAAAAUCCGUUAUAUUUUGCAUCCUGAAGGGCCAGGGCUUCUUCAUGUACUAUUGAUACAUAUGUCUGUAUCUUUGUUGUCCAUGGGUAAAUCCGAAACCCAACAGCUGCUGCUAAACUGUUUCUCUGUCUGAGUCUGUCCAUAUGCCCGCUCUGGUUUGUCAACACACAGUGAGCUCAGCAUCAGUCCACACUCACAUUCAAGCAUUUGAUUGUCUAUCCGUGUCUUCACAUUUUAUUUUUUUUAUGAACUUUCCUCGUGUCAAAUAUGUUUGGCAAGGGCAAAUUGACUGUUUCCUCACCAGAUUAAAUGUAAUGGUAAUUUCAGAGAAUGUACCUGUAUACUGAAUGUCUGCUUCGACGAGGACAUGCCCGAGUUAGGUGACCCGUGAAGGCUGUUAGAAAAAACAAAAAAAGAGAGAAAAGUGUAUUAGUUGCGUUUUUAGAUUUAAAUUCAAGUAAAGGGUGCUUAAGGUGGUAUUGGAGCACUAUUCAAUUCGACCCAUGGUGAGUUUUGUGAAACUGUUUUCCUGUCAACACUAGAGACGAGAGUCUCCUUCGCUUCUAACACGUCAUGGUACUCUUUCCUCUCAAGACUUGAAAUAGAUAAAUGUCGUGCUAAAACUAAAUCACAAAGCUUCAGUGACUAGUAAAGUUUAUUUUGUAUUCAUAUAUAUAUAUAUAUAAGUGACAGUUAUUUUACUAUCAGAUUAAAAAGCAUAUAGAGGAUUUAAGGAUGUUACUGAAGUUCCUGAUACAGAUGCUAUGUAACGCAUGAUUGACCCUUGUGAAUCACUUGCACUUUAAAAUAUACCCAUAUACAUAUAUACCCAUACUGUGUAUAUGUUUGGGUUUUUCCUCUGUACUGAAAAGUCAUGAAAGAUACAA